UCCGCGCCGAGCGCCGCCGCACCGAGCCGCCGGCAGAGCCCGGAGCGCCGCCGCCGCAGCAUGCGCGAGUGCAUCUCCGUGCACGUCGGCCAGGCCGGCGUGCAGAUGGGCAACACSUGCUGGGAGCUCUACUGCCUGGAGCACGGCAUCCAGCCCGACGGGCAGAUGCCCAGCGACAAGACCAUCGGCGGCGGGGACGACUCCUUCACCACCUUCUUCUGCGAGACGGGGGCCGGCAAGCACGUCCCGCGGGCCAUCUUUGUGGACCUGGAGCCCACCGUGAUCGAUGAGGUUCGCGCUGGAAUUUACCGACAGUUAUUCCACCCGGAGCAGCUGAUCACGGGCAAGGAAGAUGCUGCCAACAACUACGCCCGCGGGCACUACACUAUUGGCAAAGAGAUCAUCGACCAAGUGCUGGACAGGAUCCGGAAGCUGGCUGACCAGUGCACCGGCCUCCAGGGCUUCCUGGUGUUUCRCAGCUUUGGAGGGGGAACUGGCUCKGGAUUCACCUCCCUGUUGAUGGAGCGACUCUCCGUUGAUUACGGAAAAAAGUCCAAGCUCGAGUUCUCCAUCUACCCAGCRCCCCAGGUCUCCACUGCAGUGGUAGAGCCCUACAACUCCAUCCUCACCACCCAUACCACCCUGGAGCACUCAGACUGUGCCUUCAUGGUGGACAACGAGGCCAUCUACGACAUYUGCCGCAGGAACCUCGACAUCGAGCGUCCCACCUACACCAACCUCAACCGCCUCAUU